ACUUCCAUGGAUCCCAUUGUGGUCCUGGUGCUCCUUCUCUCCUGUCUGCUUCUCAUUUCACUCUGGAGACCCACAUCUGGGAGAAGGAAGCUCCCUCCUGGUCCCACUCCUCUACCAAUUAUUGGGAAUGCCCUACAGAUAGAUUUUAAGGAUGUGAACAAAUCCUUAGCAGAGUUCUCAAAAGUCUAUGGGCCUGUGUUCACUCUGUAUUUCGGCAUGAAGCCCACUGUGGUGUUGCAUGGAUAUGAAGCUGUGAAGGAAGCCCUGGUUGAUAAUGGGGAGGAAUUUGCUGGAAGAGACUCUAUCCCAAUUUUUGAAAGAUGUAAUAAAGGCCUUGGAAUAGCUUUCAACAAUGGAAAAACAUGGAAAGAAAUAAGGCACUUCUCCCUCAUGAGCCUGAGGUAUUUGGGCAUGGGGAAGAGGAGCAUUGAGGACAGAAUUCAAGAGGAAGCCCGCUGCCUUGUGGAAGAGUUGAAAAAAAACAAUGGCUCACCCUGUGAUCCCACCUUCAACCUGAGCUCUGCUGUCUGCAAUGUUAUCAACACCAUUAUUUUUCAUAAUCGUUAUGACUAUAAUGAUCCAUGUUUUCUCGACUUGUCGCAAAGGCUAAAUGAAAUUUUCAGGAUUCUAAGCUCCCAGUGGAUUCAGAUCUACAAUACUUUUCCGGCUCUCAUCGAUUAUCUUCCAGGGAGUCACAACAUUCUUUUUAAAAAUGUAAAAUAUAUGCAAAAUUAUCUUUUGGAGAAAGUAAAAGAACAUGAAGAAUCACUUGAUGUUAACAAUCCUCGAGACUUCAUUGAUUAUUUCCUGAUAAAAAUGGAGAAGGAAAAGGACAAUCAAGAGUUGGCGUUUACUUAUGAAAACUUGGUCAUCACUGCAUUUGAUUUGUGGAUUGCUAGUUCAGAGACAACAAGCGUAACACUGAAAUAUGCUCUCCUGCUCCUGCUGAAGUACCCACAGGUCACAGCUAAACUCCAGGAAGAAAUCCAGCGUGUGAUUGGCAAACACAACAGUCCCUGCAUGCAGGACAAGAGCCACAUGCCCUACACAAACGCUGUGUUACAUGAGAUCCAGAGAUACAUUAAUCUCAGUCCCAUUGGUAUACCCCAUUCAGUGACCUGUGAUGUUAAAUUCAGAAAYUACCUCAUUCCCAAGGGCACAGCCAUAUGGAUAUCACUGACAUCAGUGCUCUAUGACAACAAAGAAUUCCCUCACCCAGAGAUGUUCGACCCUCACCAUUUUCUGGAUGAGCAUGGCAAAUUUAAGAAAAGUGACUACUUCAUACCUUUCUCAUCAGGAAAACGAAAGUGUAUGGGAGAGUCCCUGGCCAACAUGGAGCUGUUCUUAUUCCUGACUACUAUUUUACAGCACUUUCACCUGAAAUCUCUGGUUAACCCAAAAGACCUUGAUGUCACCCCAGUUGCCAAUGGAAUUCAAUAUCUGCCACCCUCAUACCAACUCUGCUUCAUUCCUAUCUGAAGAAGAGCAGACUCCAGUUGUAUUCCUAUCUUCAACCACCUCUUUUGGGGCAUGGGGCAUUGUCUAUCCACUCUCUUUCUCCUCUCACAUCUCUCCAGUCCCUCAGGAUUCACAGAUCACACAUUCUCCUUUCUGGAGAGAUUUCCUGGUGACUACAGAAAUAGAUCUGCUCUUCCCUGUGCUACAUAACAGUUGUACUGACCACCCCAAGUGCUAACACUGAUCCAAUGCUGAGUUAUUAAUAGGCUACCCUUGUAAAAGAGCAAAGUGAUUGGAAUAUGACC